UAGUAGAUAUGAACAAAAAGCGUUACGCUAGCGAAGGAUGAAGGAUCUCUCUAAUCACAGCUUCUUCUCUCUGUUUCAAAAGGCUUAAUAAUCCCAAAACAAAUUAAUAAUAACAGCUCACAAAGAUACUCCGUAAUAUAGGAUUUUAAUCUUCUUCUUCUUUGACAACUUUUUUAACCUUUGAAAUUAGGGUUUUUGGAGGAUCCGCCUUGUCUUCUUCGACUACUGCUGAUAAGGUGGUUUAUAGUUUUGUUACAAGAUAUGGCUGGUUCUGUAGGUGAAGAAACUGAGCCAGAAUGGAUUAAAAGAGUUAAAUCAGAAGGAGCUGUUCCAUGUCUUAAACCAGAUAACUGCAAUAACGGUUGGACUACGCCAUCUCCUGACACAUUUAUGGUUAGAGGGCCAAAGUAUUUCUCUGACAAAGCUAAAAUACCUGCCGAUGAUUUCCUUCUUAAGCCUCUUGGUUUUGAUUGGAUUAAAGGUCCUAACAAGCUUUCUGAGAUCCUGAGUUAUCCCAGCAGCCGUAUCAGGAAAGCUAUCGACGAGGAGACUCAAACGAAUGGAACUACUAAGCCUUUUGUCUGGGCAUUCAAUCUCCAGCUUCCUCACAAAGACAAUUACAGUGCUGUGGCUUACUUUGUUACCACUGAGCCUAUCCUUGAAGGAUCCCUGAUGGAUCGGUUUCUUAAAGGAGAUGAUGGUUUCAAGAAAUCGAGGCUUAAGCUGAUUGCAAACAUUGUCAAAGGCCCUUGGAUUGUAAGAAAAGCUGUUGGAGAGCAAGCCAUCUGUGUGAUUGGACGUGCACUGUCUUGCAAAUAUGUCACAGGGGAUAACUUUGUCGAGGUUGAUGUUGAUAUCGGUUCGUCAAUGGUCGCCAGUGCCAUUGUUCACCUCGCCUUUGGCUAUAUUACAACAUUGACAGUUGAUCUUGCGUUCCUCAUUGAGAGUCAGACCGACUCAGAGCUUCCAGAACAGCUAUUAGGAGCUGUGAGAUUCUCUGAGCUGCAGACUGAAUCAGGCAGGUCUAUUGAACUGUCCGGUAAUGAGGAUCAAACAACCUUAGAGCGGUCUAGCUGGUGGAAAUCAAUAGGUAAUGGAUUCUCUAAUCUGCUUAAUCAAGAUACAGCAAACAUGAACAAUACUACUUGUCAUGGGGAUAUCCACAAGGAUGUACAUGUAUAGAUUGGUUUUUUCACAAUUCUUUGAAUCUCUUGGAUUUUUUUUCA